AUGGGCCAACCGCGUCACCCCCUCCCCGCCCCAUCUCACCGUCCCCGCGCCCGGCCUCUUUUGUUUUGGCUCAUGAAGAUACUACGACUAGCGGACUACAAGAAGAGUCCCAACAUCCCUCGCUUGCUGCUUCGGACCAUUUUCUCUGCUGCUUGUUCCAUUCCCAAGUCUUGUCGCUUAUCGCCCUUCCCUUGCUCGACGCCGGACCUGCCCCAUUCUUCCUGUCGGAAUAUCCACUCGCAUAGCGGCCCAUCCCGGUACCCCAUUCUCAAAGCCAAAGCCAGACCCUCACCCGAAGCCAGAACUUGCCGGCAAAGUCGUGCUUUCUCAUCUCACCUCAACAAUCCCAAUCCCGAUCACCACUGCGGCGUCGCUCCCUCUCCUCGUCCAACCCCGCUCCGCUGCCGCAAUCUAGACCCUCUUGGUCUUGCUCCACCGCUUGGCUAUUCCAACAUCGCUGUGUCAUUAGCUGCCCCUCUCACUCUUAACAACAAGCAGCAGCCGUCUCACCGCCGUACGACACACUCUCAAUCCGCCAAAAUGACCGUACCGGACUCUUUUCCGCACAAGCACAAGGUCGCAGUGAUUGGAUCCGGAAACUGGGGCACCACUGUCGGCAAGGUUAUCGCUGAGAGCACGAGCGAGCACCCAGAUGUUUUCGAGAAGGAUGUUCAGAUGUGGGUGUACGAGGAGAAGGUGAUAGUUGACGGCGAGACUCGGAACCUGACCGAGGUCAUCAACACAAAGCACCAAAACACAAAGUACCUCGAGGGCAUCAAUCUUCCGACCAACCUCAUCGCCAACCCCAGCAUCGAGGACGCUGUCAAGGACGCCACCAUUCUCAUCUUCAACUUUCCACACGAGUUCAUCAACAACAUCUGCAGACAACUCAAGGGCAAGAUCCUCCCCUAUGCCCGCGGCGUGAGCUGCAUCAAGGGUGUGACCGUAACCGACGACAAGAUCGAACUCAUCUGCGAGUUCAUUGGCGAGCAGCUUGAGAUUUAUUGCGGUGCCCUGAGCGGAGCCAACAUUGCCAGCGAAAUCGCCAACGAGAACUGGUGCGAGACCACCAUUGCUUACAACACACCUCCUUGCGACCGCCACGUGGCCAACGGAAACGGACAAGCCAAUGGCAACGGCAACGGGGCCUACGAGGAGCACCGCGACUCUCGUGGCCAGAUUAUCAAGACGAAGCUCACACCCGUCCCGGAAGGCUAUCCCCCGCUGGACCACGAGGUCCUUCACACACUCUUCAGCCGUCCUUACUUCACCGUCUCGAUGGUGUCUGACGUGGUGGGUGUCUCACUUGGCGGUGCGCUCAAGAACAUCGUCGCUAUUGCCUGUGGCUUUGUGGAGGGUCACGGCUGGAACAUGACUGCCAAGACUGCCGUCAUGCGUCGAGGCAUGUUGGAGAUCAUCCAGUUCGCUCGCGAGUUCUACCCCGAGACCAUCCAGCCAGCCACGCUCUGGGAGGAGAGUGCCGGGUGGGGCGACAUGAUUGUCAGCUGCACCGCUGCCCGCAACUGGCGGUACUCCAAGAUGGCGGUUGAGCGCGGAGUGUCCAUUCAGGAGAUUGAGCGUACAGAGCUCAACGGGCAGAAGCUGCAGGGCAUUUCGACCUCGCGCGAAGUCAGCAGCUUCUUGAGGGCGCGCGGUAUUGAGGACAAGUAUCCUCUGUUCAAGCUCGUCGACGGCAUUCUGGACGGCAAGGUCAAUGUUAAUGACAUUCCUAGCCUCUUCAGAAAGAAUUAG